AUGUUGGAAGGAUUGCCCGGUAUAUGUGCCCAACAGUUGGUUAAUGUUCAAUUCCCGUUGCACUCACCAAUCAUCGGGACGAUGCUGCGGUCCAUUCUGACACUAAUUAUCUUGCAGCUUCUGAACUGCGGACGUGGGCGCAGUCAGCCUCACCCAUCAGAAACGGUGGAGAUAAGACUGGCGAAUGGGAGCCGUCCGUGCAGUGGGAGAGUGGAGAUUCGCUACAAGGGGCAGUGGGGGACUGUGGAUGAUAAUAGCUGGGACGUUCAGGAUGCUGCUGUUGUGUGUCGGGAGCUGAGUUGCGGGACCGCUCUCUCUGCACCCGGUGGGGCUCAUUUUGGGGAAGGCUCCGGGUAUAUUGUGACGUGGAAUGUUCAGUGCUCUGGGACAGAGGCCGCUCUGCGGGAGUGUCGUUCAAGUCAAUGGGGCCAAUAUUCCUAUUCACACUCCUAUGAUGCCAGCGUCAACUGUUCAGGACUGUUGCAGUUAAGACUGUCAGAUGGUGGAAGCCGAUGUGCUGGCCGAGUGGAGAUUUUUCACAAUGACACCUGGGGCUCACUUUGUGAUGAUUCCUGGGAUUCAACCGAUGCUAAUGUGGUUUGCAAACAGCUGGAUUGUGGGAAUGCAUUAGACGUGCCACUUCCUGAUUCUUCUGGACCUGGCGCAGGCCCAGUUUGGCUGGAUGAGAUCAACUGUUCCGGAAAAGAAUCGCAUCUCUGGGAAUGUUGGCCAGAUCGGAAUAUACAAUGGGGUAACCAUGACUGUUCCCACAAGGAAGAUGUGAAGGUUAUGUGUUCAGAACACAAAGAACUGCGGUUGGUGAAUGGAAAACAUCGUUGCCAGGGGAGAUUGGAAGUCUUUUACAAAGGGGCCUGGGGAACAGUGUGCUCGGAAGAAUUACGUUCAAAUGAUGCAAUAGUGAUCUGUAAGCACUUACAGUGCGGCAGCCUCCAAUCUAUUCAGUAUGACGCUGGUUUGUUCGGGCGAGGGUCCGUUCCUAUCCUGCUCAGUAAGAUAGGGUGCUAUUCAGCUAGCUUGACUCUUUCACAGUGUCGGUCAGACUCAGAGCGUAUAAAAUACUGCGACCACGGAGAAGAUGCAGGUGUUGUUUGUUCAGAACCCGAAGUGACGGUGCAGCAGUCCCACCGUUCCAAGAAUUUCGUUCGAGAAACAGAUUCGGAACAAAGGUUGCGCCUGGUUGGAGGUAACAACAACUGCUCCGGGAGAGUGGAAGUAUUGCGCAAUAACACCUGGGGCACAGUGUGUGAUGAUUCCUGGAAUAUCGCCGAUGCAAAUGUUGUCUGUGGACAGCUCGGGUGUGGCUCCGCUGUAUUAGCCCCAGCAGGAGCCGCUUUUAACGAGGGUAAAGGUGUCAUCUGGCUGAAUGAGGUUAAGUGCACCGGAAGCGAAUCAUUUCUAUCAGACUGUGCUUCCUCACCGCCAACUCAAAUUGACUGUAAUCACAAAGAAGAUGCCAGUGUGAUUUGCUCAGGGCUCGAUUUUUUGCCGAGAUCUUCUCCGCCCACACUUCCAGGGCAAGAAGCUAAAACCACAUCCAUCGCUGUUGUCGUCCGCAUAACACUCGGGGUCCUGUUAAUCUGUGAGCUGAUGUCACUAAUGGCGGUCAUACACAAACUGUCAUCAAGGAAAGGUAAUGUUACUUUCCACGCGGAUCCAGCUGAUCAUAUCGACCAAGUGACUUAUGAAGAGCUUGAGAACAUCCCACCAUGCAAGGAAUCCAUUCAUCGAGGUUUGGCAGAACAGAGCUCUCUCACACACGCUGAUUCAGAUUUACCCCUUCCUCCCAUUAUUGGAAACUGCGAGGAUGUUCUCCGUGAGCAGCUCACAGCACCGGAGGAUCAGCUGCUGUUGGAGGGUGACUGUGUGCCUCCAAUUUUUAGAACACCAACAUCAAACUGCUAAGAGCAAUGUUUCAUUAUCUUCUCCAAUGUGUGUGGUGCAGUAGUGAAAGUUGGUGUUUUUUUCUGUUUGUGAAGUGAAUUCAGCAGUUAGUAAUACAGAAAGUUUUCAGUCAAAAUAGUCGUUAACUUACUUAUGAAAUAAAUGCGUAUUUGAGAUGGAAACAUAAAUAUUAACGAGAAAAAAGUUCAAUUUGAUUUGUCUGUGUGACCGCAAGAAUUGUUUUAACAUGAGGAGAGAAAAUAAAACCUCUUAUUUCUAUGUUUUUUUUCUCUGACCAACUGAGUUCUGGAAGCAUUUACAGCUAGUGAUCUAGGUUUUGCAAAGUAGUCACUGUCGUAAUUUAAGACAUGGGGAAGCCAAUAUGCGCACAGCAAAAUUCCUUAAAGAGCAACGUGAUAAUUACCAGCUAAUCUAUUUGUGAGGUUGUUGACCGACCCAUGAUAUUGGGAAGAGAACCGGGGAUAAGUCCCGAAGAACUCCUUUACUCUCCUCCGAGAGAUUUCCAUGGAAUCUUAUACAUCCAGCUGAACAGGCGGAUGGGCCCUCGAUUCAUCGUUUCCUCUGAAUGACCGCGCAUUCAGCAAUGUAGCACUUCCUCACUACUUCACUGGACUAUCAUUCUCGAUAUUUUCACCCAUUCCUUGGUUAAUGAAUUGAACCUUGAGGCACAGAAUGUGAAUAUUACUAACUGAGGAACGGCUAACUCUAACCUCAAUGAAAGAGUUUUUUUGUUUUGUUUUUCUAUUCAGGUAAAAAUCAGCGUAUACUCCAGUAUAUGAUUUCACGAGGAGUGUCACAGAUUUGGAGAAAACCUUUUUGGAAAUGUCCAUUUCAAUUUCCAACUGUGUGAAAAGGCUGAAUGUGCUUGCCUCAAUACAAGUUUCAAUUCAAAGAAAUAAUAAAUCAUUUUAGCAUGCGCUUAAAUGUAAGAUUUAGUUUUUAUACAUUCAUAAUUUGUUAGUAACUGCGUCUACUUCAUUAACGUUUGAAAACAGUGUUUAGUUCAGUUCAUUUUAUGCCGAUAUUAAAGUUGCCGUACGCUGCCUGUAGUGG